AUGAAUACCGAUAUAGAAGUAUAUGUUAAAAAGUGUUUGGGAUGUCAAGCAAAUUCACGUGUUCCAAAUCCUGAACCAAUAAAAAUGUCGAAUUUACCUGAACAUGUUUGGGAUGAAUUAGCAAUGGAUUUUUUCGGACCAUUACCAUAUAAAUCUUCUAUUCCAUUUGUUGAUAUAAUAAAAACCACAACAGCUUCAAGCGUCAUAAGCAAACUAGAAAGAUUAUUUGCUAUAUUUGGUUAUCCUAACAAAAUUAAAAGUGACAACGGACCACCGUUUCAAAGCGAAGAAUUAAAACUAUACUUUCCUAAUGUUGACAUAAAGCACAUUAAAAUAACGCCUCAAUAUCCGCAAGCGAACGGUAUCUUAGAAAAAUUUAUGCAAGUUAUAGGAAAAACAAUUAAAACAACUCAUUUUAUGGGGAAAAGUUGGAGAGAGAAACUUCAAAGCAUGCUUCGAAAUUAG